UUGCCAACGUCACUGCAGCGCCCUCGGCGGCUCGAGCUCAAACAGCCACAGGAAGCAGUUUGAUGUAACCAGAGCACUAAAGAUGGCGGCGUUGGUCGCACCUCGCCUGGCCCUGUUUGGCUCUUUUUCAACACGGCCUAUUUCAGUUUUUGCUGUUCAACAGAAGAAUCUGCACAGCAGUGCUAAAAGCGAGAAUACCCGCACGAGUGUGGUUCCAGUCAGAGAGAAGAGCACAGCAGUGGCAGCAGCCAAGCCAGCAUCCGUAGCCAGCAGCAAGGGGGAGUAUGUUAUCACCAAGCUGGACGACCUGGUUAACUGGGCACGCAGGAGCUCUCUAUGGCCUAUGACCUUUGGACUGGCGUGUUGCGCGGUGGAGAUGAUGCACAUGGCGGCGCCCCGUUACGACAUGGACCGUUUCGGAGUCGUGUUCAGAGCAAGUCCCCGACAGUCAGAUGUCAUGAUCGUGGCAGGAACCCUGACCAAUAAGAUGGCUCCGGCUCUGCGAAAGGUGUAUGACCAGAUGCCUGAGCCCAGAUACGUCAUUUCCAUGGGAAGCUGUGCUAAUGGAGGCGGCUACUAUCACUACUCCUACGCUGUCGUCAGAGGCUGCGACCGAAUCGUACCAGUGGACAUUUAUGUUCCAGGUUGUCCCCCCACUGCAGAGGCUCUCCUCUACGGGACUUUACAGCUGCAGAAGAAAAUCAAACGUGAAAAGAAGAUGAGGAUCUGGUAUCGGAAGUGAAUGUGUAAUAUGUAUGAGUGUAUCUGGUAUGUAAAUGGUGUAUUUCUGGUUUCAUUUGGAGCAACGCUCCUCCUCCAUGCAGAGUUGCAGGGAAUUAACUUCAAUAAAACCGUUGUUGUAAUUUACAGACAA